CCCGUUUUUGAAUAAAUAUACAUAUAAGCAACCUAGAAAUAUAGCGUUGAGUUAUAUUUAACUUAUAGAUGAUAUCAUUCAGUAGUUAUAUUUUUUAAUUGUGUAAUAGUUGAACUAAAAUUCAGGCGUACAACUGCGCUGCAAAUUAUCAAGCUCUCUGGUUAAAAUAAAAAUAUAGCUGAUGAUCUAAAACGUUCCGUACGUGAGUGUUUCUUUAUGCAGAUGUGUAUUUAGCAUAUGUGCAUGUAUUGCCUAUCACUAUUGUGAAUUUCAUUUAUACUGUCAAAAUCAUAUGUUAUAAAUAUGAAAAUUAUCAAAUCAAGACUAUAAAAUACGUAUUUUGUAAACAUAAUGUAUAGCGCUUCUAAUGUAAAUUUUAUAAUAAUUGAUGGACGAUAUUAAAUAAAGUUUUAAAAACUAAGAUGUUAAAUGAAUUAAUUACUUGGGUGUUAAAUACUUACCUUGGAAAAUAUUUAGAGGAUUUUAACCCUCAACAAUUAUCAGUUGCGCUAUUAUCUGGUGAAGUUGAGCUAGAAAAUGUUCCCAUUAGAAAAGAUGCUUUGUAUUCAUUUGGUAUUCCUGUUCAAGCUUAUUCUGGAUAUAUUGGAAAAAUCAGAUUGCAAAUACCAGUUCGUCAAUUUCGUACAGCUCCAUGGUGCAUUAUUAUUGAACGAAUAUACGGUGUUUUCGGUCCAAAAAAUUUAGAGGAAUGGGAUGAUGAUAAAGAAAAACUUUCAGAGUACGAUAUAAAAUUAGCCCAACUGGAUGCAAAUGAAGCUGAGUGGAGAAUUAAAAAAGGUUAUGAGACCGAUAAUUAUUAUUCUACGUCGUACUCAAGUUGGCUGAGUUAUGGAACUACGUUGGCAACAAAUAUCUUAGAAAAUCUGGAACUAAAAAUAUCUGAUGUUCAUAUUCGUUAUGAAGAUAUUGUAACAAUUAAUAAUGUAAAAAUUGCAGGAGGAAUUAAAAUCAACUCGCUUACUGUGCAGAGUAGCGAUUCGAACUGGGUACCUGGUGCUAAGAUAAACAAUCAAAAUAUAUCAUACAAAAUAAUUGAGUUAAAAGAUUUUUCAAUAUAUUGGGAUAAAAUGAGCGAUAAUAAUAUGUGCCACAAAUUAUCUUCAAAAGAGUUAUUAGAAAGUAUGAAUAGUGUGUGUGAUGUUAAAGAGCAUCACUAUAUUUUAAGCCCAACGACAGCAAGAGCGCAGUUUAAACGAGAAAGAUGUAAACAGGCAAUUCGUUCCCGUUCACGACCUCGUCUUUCCUGUGAAGUUACAAUAUUUGAAGUAAAACUUUCUCUUAGUGAUGUACAAUAUAAAGAAAUAACUGAGUGUAUUUUGGGGCUGCAUACAAUAAGUAAAAUACGAUCGUACAGACUUAAAAGACCAAUCUGCAAAAUUUUAGAAAAUCCCGCAUUAUGGUGGAAAUAUGCUUGCAAUUGUCACGGAUAUAAAUACGAUUCAGAGGAAAAAAAGUGGUUGAAACUUCAUGAAAACUUACGAUAUAUAAGGUUAUACAAAAAAUUGUUAUUAAAUCCUAAUGAAAAUAUAACUGCUGAUGAUAAACAGUUUAAAUUAUCGAUGGAAAAGAGUAGAAAUCUACAGGACUUACAAAAUUUGCGUGAUGUUUGCUUUACCAGUGUGCUUAAUUAUAGUUUAAAUGAAAAAACUCAAAACUUGAAACAGGGGAAAGGAAUGCUCUACCAUUGGUUUCCCAACUGGUUAGGAUGGUAUGGAAAUUCUGAGGUAAAUAAUCAGCCUCAAACACAAGAUGAAACUUACAAAAAUAUUGAGGAUGAUAUAUUAAACGCAUUAGAAGAUUCUAUUGAAAAUAAUUCUUUUUCGAAACGUGAUGCACUGUUUGGUCAUUUUACUUUUAACUUAGUUAGCGGUAAAUUCAUAAUUCUGGAAAACGAGGAUUCUGGUUAUGCUGUUCCUAAAUUUGAGAUGCAGUUCUCUAAUUUGAUGUCUCUAAUAGAAAUGAAAAGCGUAUUUAAUUCUUACUUAAUUGGAAUUUCUUUGGGUUCUGUAUGCUUAAAGGAUAUAUUAACUCAAAAGACUGAAUUUCCUGAUUUAAUAAAACCACAAUUAAAAGAAACUCAGUCAACGAAUUGCUCGUCUCCAUACAUUGACUUUAAAAAAUUUUUUAUUAAGAACUUAAAUAAUGAAGACGUGGAACCGUGGUUUCAGUUACAAUAUGAAAAAAGUCCUGUAGAUAUAACCUCUGAUUUUCGUCUUGUGGUCAAAUCGCGAAGCUUAGAUAUUGUGUAUAAUAAACAAUCGUUUGAAUGGCUGCUAUCAUUUAUGUUACAACCUUUACAUAAGUUAAGAUCAAAGCAGGUCGUUCAAAUACAAAGGCAUAAAACAAAGUUAAAGUUUUUAGAUAACUGGAAACAGUUACUAAUUGGGCAACAGAAACAUCGUAAGACAUGGACAUUCGAAAUUGACAUCUCUGCACCACGAAUAAUUUUUGUCGAUAAUUUUCUUGAGAAGUCUACAUCAAUUGUUCUUGUCGAUUUUGGACGAUUUCAAUUACUUAAAAAUGAAAAUAAAAAAAAUAGUGAAAUCAAUAAUUCCGUUAAUAAUAGUGAAGAAGACGAUUUGUUCAUGACACCGUGUUCUACCCCUCCAGGUUCAGAAAUAAGUAGAUCUGAAUCACCAACUGUUUGUCAAGAUUCAUUAAAUUCUACGAAGGUUGUAAUCAAUAACGAUACCGGUUUAGAAAGUGCACUGCACAAUAAAAUAUAUGAUAAGUAUGUAAUAACAAUGACAGAUUUACAAGUGCUGGUUUGUAAAAAUCGGGAGCGUGGAUUUGCAAGUUUUAAAAAUUCUUCAAAUUUCCAUCUCCUAGAUAAAUUUAACAUAUCUUUAGAGCUUGAACGGCGAGUUAUUUAUACAUCUGAUCCCGAAUAUCCAGCAAUAACAUUGCUUGCGACCCUUCCAGCUAUAGUUGCUCAUAUUAACGAACAAAAAAUAAGUGAAUUUUUAAAAAUUAUGCAUCCGCUUACGAAAAAUGAAUUCUUUAAUGCAAAAGAAAAGAACACGAAUAUAGAAAAUUUCUCAUCGACCAGUGAAAAUUUUGGCGAUGUUGAAAUUGAUGAAUGUAACUCAAGUGCAGAUUUAAUUAUUGUGCGAUUUACUAUUGGUCAAGUUAUCUUAGAAGUCCAGUCUUGCGAAAAAAGUAUAGCAGAGUUGCAAAUAAUUGGUGCAAAAGCAGAACUAACUAAAAGUCAGGAUGAUUAUGAUUUGAAUAUGUCUGUUCAUGGGUUACUACUUGUAGAUGCAAUUCAGUCAUUUGGACCGGACUUUGAACUAUUAAUGGCGAGUCAUCGUCAUGUAGGUAUGGAUAGUAUAUCUGGAAGUCUAAAACAAAGUGAGCCGUGUUCUCCAAAUUCUCCAGGAUCUCCAGAUCAUACAUGUUAUCAACGUCCGACAAGUCCUCACAUAAUUACGAAAGCAGUUAAUAAUCUUCAAUCAGAAAAAAACGUUGCAGGAGUGGAAUUUGAAGAAAUGAAUGCACUAAUCACAAUAGACUUAAGCAUUGUACAUAGUAAUGAAGAAGAACUGUUACAAACCGCAAGCAUCACAUUUAAUAAUUUGGAUAUAAUUGCUAAUCAGGAAACAAUUGUGGAACUUUUAGGAUUUAUGAAUCGAAUUGCUUACACAUACAAAAAAUUUCAGGAAAGCACUGAAUCGAAUAAUUUUCAAAGCUCUAAUAAAAAUGAGAGUGACGGUUCAAUGGGGACACAUAUUCGCCGUAUUCGCACUGAAAUUAGUUUUGAGUUUCACAGGCUUAACAUUUUAGUUUUACGAACGUUAAAAAAAGAAAACGUUUUCGUUGGGCGUAAAGUAGGUACCUUAACGAUGAGUGAAGCGAAAAUUCAAGCCGUUUUGGGGAAGGAUAUACGUGUCACAGGUUCUCUGGGAGGCAUUCAGAUAAUAGAUAUCACUCCUGAAGGAGUAAAUCAUCAAAGAAUAUUAUCAGUGGGUAAAGACCCUUUAACUGAUCCACCAAACUUACACGGGCAUAAUUUAUUGGACACACUUGUGAAUGAAAUGUAUGGAAUAAAUUUAUGUGAUUCACCAUUUGAACAACAAAAUGCUUUAGUGUUUACAAUUAAUCGAUUUGAUAAUUCAAUUCCUACAGCCAAAAUACGUAUGGCUUCCGUAUGGUAUACACAUUGUCCGCGGUUUAUUCAGGAAAUCAAUAUGUGUAUCUCACAGUUUAAGCAUUUUCUUAAAAAUUUUGCAAAAUCUCUUCGUACUAAAGCAACUGAUAUGGCAAUGGGCCUUGUUCACCAAUUAAACCAAACCGAUAAUAAAAAAUUGUAUAUACCUAGCACCAAAGCUGGACAUAUAUCAUUGGAUAUAAUAUUAAGCAGUCCAGUAUUAAUCUUACCUCGUUCAAGUCAAAGUACAGAUGUUUUUGUGGCGAAUCUGGGAAAGAUUACUGCAUACAACACUCACGAAGAGUGCGAGUUAUUAGUUUCUUCAGAUGUAGAAGGAUUCGAUUACACGACCAAAGAAAAUUACUUUAUAGAUAUAAGGAAUAUUAAUUUAUUUUCUUUAAAUACUUCCCAAAGAAAAGAGCUACGUUUAGCGGCGUUACCAAAAGCAAAUGAGUAUUAUUCCUGUAAAAACGAUGCUGUCGCUAUUCUGCAUGAUACUGCUAUGUCAUUUAAAUUCACAAAAGAACUUUGGAAAUCUAAAACAAAGGCUGAAAGGCGCACUCAAACUACCUUUUCGAUAGAUGGAAGCAUUACGCAACUUCUGCAAUUAUCAUUAACCCGAGAUCAAUAUGAACAGCUUAACGAGUCAAUUGAAAAUGCGACAAAAUUUGUUACUGAAACUAAUAUGGAAGAUAAAUCAGAUGAACGGUUUCCCAUUCAUACCAGUAUUAAGGAUAAAAAUGGUGGUGAUUUUCAUCUUAAGGCAAAACCAAAAGUAUAUGCAAAGUUUUCGGUACCAACUUUUGUUAUUUAUUUAAAAAAUGAACAUCAUAACUCGGCAAUAAAUAUAACUUUUCGCGAAUUUAAAAUUUUUCAUAGUCAAAUAGAAGACGAAAGAAAUAUUCAAGUCAUUCUUCGUUCGGUACUAAUGGAAGAUCUAAAAUGUGCUAUCGAGUCAAAAUUUCGUAAUAUGGUUGAUUCAUCAUCAGAUUCUAAGGAUAACCAAAAAUUACGCAAAAGUCAUUGUUCAACAUCAUGUCCAAACCUAGCAAGAUUAAGUCUCCAGCAAUCUAAACUGUAUUCUUCUAUGCCUACGAAACUAAAUUGUGUGAGCAAUGUGAAUGUGCUUCGGGUACAGAAUAAUUCGGAGAUCUCAAGUAGUGCAAUUAGAUCUAAUAAACAAACUAUCAGGGAUGACAAUUUAGUUAUAUACAAAUCUCGAACAACAACAUUAAACGACUCAAAAUUUAGUUCUCUUCGUACUACAGAUAGUUCGAUUGAUUUCAAUUGUUUAAAUUUGACGAUAUCAUUGGAUAGAUGGUUUAUGGUGCUAGACUUCUUUGGAUUGCUUUCAAAUAAUGACAAUAAAAACAUUCAACAUUCAAAAACAGAUAACGCUAUACACGAAAGGGAUUUCAGUCAAUUAAAAGUUUCUGUCCGAUCUCUUAAUUUGAUUCUUGUUCGAAAUGAAAUGGAACUAACAAAGGCUAAUAUAUCUAAUGCUUUUUUUAAAGUAACAAGAGAAAAUAUAGUUCAAGAAGUAGAAGGCUCAUUGGGAUCAUUAUCCCUUUUAGAUCUUACACAUUUUGGAAACUUAUACCGGGAAAAAUUUUCAACAACUGGCGACGAAGCUUUAAAUUUCCUAUACAAAAGAUUACAUGGCGAUAUUAACGGAAAAGGAAAACGCUGUCUGGAUUUUGAUGCUAAGUUGAAUAUUCAAAUGUCUUCUGUUCGUUACAUUCACACAAAGCGGUUUUUAAUGGAAAUUCACCUGUUUGUUAAAGAAUUAUUGCAGCUUCAAACUCCUGUUAUAAAGAGAAUCAAAAGUUCUGAUAUUGACAAAGAUAUCAAUUCAAGGCCUAUACAAAUUAGUUUGGAAAUUUUUGCAGAGUCUCCAAUAGUCUUACUGCCGCUGAGUUAUUAUAGCACUCAAGUCAUUGUUGCUGAUUUAGGAAAAGUAACAUUAAAGAAUAGCUUUCAUUUUGCAAGUGACGAAAUAGUCAUAAGUAAAAAAAGAGAAGAUAUUUCCUUCGAUGAAAUACUCGAUGUUAUGCAUGUAGAUUUGGUGAAUAUAGAUUUAUUUGCCGCUGAAAGAAUCAAAGGUGGAAAGAAAGCGGAAAAGUGCAUUACAGAUAGAUACCUAAAUGUUGGCAGUUUUACUAUUCAACGUUUAGGAAACAACUUAUUUGAAGAAACUUGUUUCUUAAAGCUGCAAGUUGAACGUAAUACAGACUCACACUUCAGUCAUAAUUGUCCGGAUAUAAGCGUUAAGGGGACAUUAUCGAAAUUAAAUGGAGUAGUAAACUUACAGCAAUACAAAUUAAUACGUGGAUUUCUUAAUUAUAAUUUAGGAGAAACCAUUGAUGACGUCUACAAUAAUUAUUCCAAUAAUUUUUCAGAAUCGAUUGAAAAACUAAAUAUGAAAUAUGUCCCUGAAUAUCAAAAAAUCAACGACACUUGGAACACACUAUCAAUAAAUUUAUUACUUGAAAACGUAUCAAUAUUAUUGAAUGAACAGUCUAAUUCAGAAACUUCAGACCAGUCUUUAACAUGCAUAAAUUUUAUAAAAUCUUCAUUAGAGAUUGAUUCGUUUUCUGAUGGCUCUCAAGAUAUUGAUCUUAUAUCAAGGGAAAUACUAAUAAUGGAUUCUAGAGAUAAUGUAAACGUCUUUAAACACAUUCUACAGCCAAGAAGGGAGAGUUCUUCAAAAGAUAUAGUUCAAGCUGAAAUACAUAGUAGAAAAAAUGCGAAUUGUUCUAAAUACACAAUACUAUUAAAUAAUAUGAGAAUUAUGGCUAUAUUAGAUUGUCUUGAUAGUAUAAAAAAUUUUUUAAAAGAAGAACCAUAUAUUUAUACAACAACAAAUCCUAUUAAACAAAAAGUUAUAAAAAAAUCUACCUCAAAAAGUUUUAAUGAACAAAGUAACGAAAAUUUUCUGGAAGUUGUUUUAAAUAUUACUGAUUCUGAAGUUGUGUUUGCUGAAAAUUUAGAUAAAAUUGAUACUAAUGCCAUCAUUUUAAAAAGUACCACGGUAUGUUCCUACAAACCAAAUAACGACAUUAUACCAAUGUCGAUUGAUAUUAAUCAUUUAGAAAUAUUUUCGUGUAUACUGGGCUUAGAAGAAGAAACUGCUCUAUCAAUUCUAGAUCCGUUUACUUUAAAUAUGGAGUUACGAAAAAAUUGUUUUCAUGUGUCAAUACAAAAUCAAUUAUGUAUACGCCUGUCGUACAACGACGUUAAAUUAUUUUUAAGAAUGAUAAAUUCAAUACCGAAGCAGGGAUUACUUUUACGAAAACCUACUUCCACUGUUGGUACAGAAUUCGAAUCAAUUGCACCAUUAAUUGCUAUGGGCUUUUCACCUAAAGAUUGUUUAUAUGCUAUGGAAAUUAAUAAAUAUGAACUGAAUGAUGCAGCUCUAUGGCUCUCUCAACAAAGACUGCACUCAGAAAAUUCAGUUUUUGAUAUUCAUGAUUUAUAUUUAAACGCGAAUAGAAUUUCUAUUUGUAUAAUAGACGAUUGUAUGGAUGCAGAUGUGCCACUUUUAGAGUUUUCAAUGUCGCGAUUAAAAGUGAAACAGAAAAUUGCCCACAAGAAUCCAAAUGAAUCCAAUAACCUGGUUUAUUUGGAAGGAAAUUUGGAAACAGUUAUCGGAAGCGAUUAUUAUAAUCGGCGAUUAAGUGGGUGGGAGCCUAUAAUUGAGCCUUGGGAAUGUCUUUCCUCAUGGAGGUAUUCUGGUACUAAUGCAGUAAAAAGCAAAACAGCAAACAUAUACAUUAAUAGUAAACAGCUUUUAAGGUUAAAUAUAACUUCAACUUUAAUAGAGCUAUGUGAGAGUGUUCGCAAAAAUUGGAUGCAAGACUAUUAUGGUUCCACCUUAAACAUGAGUAAUAAUACAUCGGGACUAAUCAACUACAGACGAAGAACACCAUUUAUACCUUUUGCAUUGAAAAAUUUAACUGGGGAACCAUUACUUUUUAAAACAAUUUUUUCACAGCCUGGUGGAAUUACACGCACAGAAGUAACGCAGCAAGAUAUGGUUUGCAAUUGGAUUUCUGUAGAGCCUUUUGAAACUGUUCCUUUUGAUUUUGGACCACAAACAAAAUUAAGACACAUGGACUCGCACAAAUUAAAUUUACAUCAGAUAAUGGUACAAAUAAACAAUUGGACUUUAAUUGGCCCAAUAUCAAUAGACAAAGUUGGAAUUUUUUUCAGGUAUUGCACGCUUGACUUGCAGUAUAAAAAAAGAACGCGCAUUGUAUUUGAUAUAUCAUUAAUUGGAUCCGCGCAAAAACUUAUAACAGUUAAAUCAGCUUUAAAAGUUGUUAACAAAAUAAGUAGGCCAUUAAUGUUAAAAAUGGAUAUGAAAAACGAAAUUCAAAAUAUUACUGCGGUUAUAAACCCAAACGAUCAAUUAAGUAUCCCUUUACGUUAUGUUGAUUCAUUCAUUUAUUUAAAACCUAUAUCUUCUUCGCAAUUAUAUGAUAACUCUGAAAAGCAAAUUAGUGGAUAUUUUCGAACAAAUAGCAAUGAAAGUGAUGAGAUAGGAUUUUGUACGCGGGCUGUAACGUGGAGUGAUUGUGUAAAGGAUUCUAUUCAAGAUCUUCACUCCUGUUUUGGAAACAAUAAAUCUGUUUUCCAUACGUUAGUAGAAAUCAAGCGAGAUAAAUACCCCAACAGAGAAAUAGCUAAUCUACCGGCGCAUACAGUUACUCUAUUGCCUCCACUGAAAUUGAAAAAUAUGUUAUGUUGUGAUCUGAUUUUCAAAAUAUCAGGACACAUUGAAGGAAGGCUUAACCCAUCAGAAUCUGUUGAUAUCUAUACUGUCAACUCCAUUGAUUCUUUUAAUUUAAGUAUUACGCUAGAUAACUAUAAAUUGUCUGGUCAACUCAAAAUUCCAAUGGGUCAUACUGGCGUUGUUGAACCUAAACUCAAAUUAAUUGAUAUCCUUAAUAGAGAACUUUAUUUGCGAGUUUCUAUACAAUCGUUCCAAGGAAGGGGCUUGGAAAUAUAUAUCAGUGCUCCUGUUUGGAUAAUAAACAAAACUGGACUACCUCUGGUUUAUAAACAAGAAGGCACUAAUAAUUUAGCAUCCGGUCAAUUUGAAGAGCAUGAGAAAGCACGCGUUGUUUCACCAUUGAUGUUUUCAUUUUCGGACCAAGAGGGAUCACCAUCAUUAGAAAUCCGGUUGGGUAAAAGCUUUGGAAAUAAUAACACCUGGUGCAAGAGUUUCAACAUUCAUAAAGAGACUAUUUAUAGAGAAUUGAGAGCUGAGCGGUCAAAAGGUUGUUAUGCUAUCGGAAUAAAUGUACGAAGAGGCCGGGGUUUAUAUUCGUGUACCACUUUUAUUACAUUAUCUCCACGGUUCCAACUUUAUAAUAAAACAUGUUAUAAAUUAGAGUUUGCACAAAAGUGCGAUAUUAAAAAUACGGAAAUAACCUCCGUGGAAAAGAUUAUAUCUGCAUUGCCUGGAUGCAAUUUUCCGUUUCAUUGGCCAAAUUAUGAGCAAGAACCACUGCUAUGUAUUCGUAUUCCCAAUAUUGAAUUUUGUUAUUGGUCGAAUGGCAUACCAAUGAAUGAAGCACAAAGUAUUUAUAUAAAUAUUCGCAACGAUCUUGGGGAAAUGUUUUUCUUGCGGCUUGAAGUAAUCUCCAAAGGCGCUACCUACUACUUACUCUUUACAAACGCUAAUAAAUUACCACCACCUAUAAGAAUCGACAACUACUCUGAAGUCGCUAUACACUUUUCUCAAUUUGGGUGUAAACCAUAUUGGAGAACACCUGUUCGACCGCACUCUUCACUUGCUUAUGCUUUAGAUGAUCCACUAGGCCUGCAUUCAUUGCAAAUUGAAGCACCAGGAGGAAAUACAAUUGAAUUUUCUUUGAACAAGAUAGAAGUAUCUCAAAGCAUAACUUAUGCAAACUUUAUAUAUAUCGCAUUUAAGGAGACUUUUAAAAUUUCUGCAUCAGAUAGCGAUAUUGAGAAUGGAAUAGAGGGACAACAAUUAGUGUUAGGUGUUAAAGACAGAAAGGUUAUUUUGAUGAAAAAGUGUGCUGGAGAUCGCUCGCAAUUGUGGUUAAUGAAUUCUAAUGGAAAUCUUGAGCAUGAAGGAUCUUCACCACCUACUGAGCUUAAGUUUGAAGAAUGUAAUUUUACUCGUAUGGUAUUGGAUAUAGAAAGAGCACCAAAUCCCACUGAAUAUUCUAACUUGGUCAUUCGUUCACCAAAUAAACAAAGGGUUACUACCCAAACUUGGAGGUUUGAAAAUGGACGUCUCAUGUGUCAUGCAAACAUGUGUGUGCAAGCUCGUAAUGGAUUUUACGGUCUUUAUCCAGGUGCGGAUGCCGUCCUAGGUCAAAUAGAAUCGAACUCGCGAAUUAAAAAUGACCAAAAAAUUCCAUUUGAUCAAUCUAUAGAAAUACAAAAACUGAGGCCUGGUUCGGGACAUUUAGAAGUUGUCAGUAAAAUGGAUGGGCCAAUUCAAACAAUACAAAUACACGACGUAAAAUCAAAUAAAGAAGAUGUAAUGUUGAAUGCGGAUCCAUCUUGGAGUCAUGCAUCAAUGAAUUCUAAAAAGAUAAUUGAUGAGUCCAAACAUUACAUGUUGAAAGAAUGUUCUUUCAAAUUUGAAUUGCUAAAAGGAUUAGGAGUAUCAAUUGUCAUGAGACAACCUUGUGAAGAGUUAGCGUACAUAACUUUUGAUAAUAUUGUUGUCGACAUCAUUUCCACACCAUUCAUUAAAGCGUUUGACUUAAAAGUUGCGGAUUUACAAAUCGAUAAUCAACUAAUCGAAAGCUCAUGUCCUGUGCUACUGUACACUUUAAAAUUACCAAAGGAAGAAAGUGCAGAAAGUUGCUUGCAGCUUAGAGGGAAAAUACUACCAAGCCCCAAUAAGAACGCUGUUAUAUUUGAAUACUUAACCUUUGAUCUUAAUCCUUGCAUAGUGUGCCUUGAGGAAAGGUUAAUACUUAAAAUGGCAAUAUUUUUUGGGUUAGGUAAUUUACCACCGGCACGUACCGAUUAUGAUCUUGAGGACGAAGCCUACCAUAUUGAAGAAAAUGCCUUCUCAAAGGAUUCAAAACGAUUUUAUUUUGAAAAUCUGAGCAUUGGACCCAGUCAAAUACGUCUUUCAGUAUUCACAGCAUCUAAACUGUCACAAGAACUUUCUGAAAUGAAAAAAGCCUUAAGACUAACGCUAAUUAAAUUUGAAGAUGCAUUAAUUGAGUUUGAUAAAUUUAGCGAUAAACAUCAUUUUGAAACGUUAGAUGUAUAUCUCAAAGCUAUUAAAACGCAUUACAUUAAUCAGAUUAAAUGGCAUGCGGCAUCAAUACUUGGAAGUGUAGACUUUUUGGGGAACCCUUUAGGUUUUGCCAAUGAUUUAUCUGAAGGUGUUUCAGGUUUAAUUUUUGAAGGAUCUGUGAAAAGUCUAGUAAAGAAUGUAACCCAUGGAUUGUCUAAUUCGACUGCUAAAUUAACUGAAACAUUAUCAGACAGUCUCGGCAAAGUUGUUUUAGAUGAACAAGAUAACGAAACUCGACAAAAAAUAUUAGAGAUUACAACGAAUUCAUCUACAGGUCAUUUAGCUGCCGGUUUAAAAGGAUUUGGAUUUGGCAUUCUUGGAGGUGUUACUAGUAUUGUAAGACAUGCAUACGUUGGUGCACAAUCUGAGGGUUUUCCAGGUUUUAUAAGUGGAUUGGGUAAAGGUCUAGUUGGGACAGUUACAAAACCAAUAAUUGGGGUUUUAGAUUUAGCAUCAGAAACUGCAAGUGCUGUAAGGGAGUCUAGUAAAGGGUCCCAUCGCAACUUACCAGAUCGUAAACGAUUGCCACGAUGUGUUACCGGUGCACCUGGGGGAUUAUUACCGCAAUUUUCGUAUCGCCAAAGUAAAGGGCAACAAUAUUUGUACGUUAUAAAUCAUAGAAAAUUUUCUGAAAAACUUAUGUCUUAUGAGCCAAAUUUGUGUAAUGAUAAAGAAGCCAAACUACGUCUUCUUGUUUCGACUGAUUAUGUUCGCAUAUUUUCUCGUUGUGAUGACGAUCCCGCUAUUAUGUUUGAAUGUCAUUUAAGUGAAGUACUUUCUUGCCAUGCUCUAACAGCAAACACGGGAGCUUCUUCCAGUAAAGUUACACCCAGUUAUUAUAUUGAAAUAUCUACGAAUUUACCAAAGGUAACAAGGCCAAGAGUUAGAUGUCAAAAUGAAGAAAUAGCAGAGCGAGCCGCACGAUGCAUUAACUAUGCAAAAAGCGUUUAUGAUGAGAAAGAACAGUCUGUUGAUGUUGAUUAAUGUAUUAUAUAUUUAUUUAUUUUUUCAUAUAGUAUCUAAAUUAUGUAUAGGCGAAAUAAUUUCUUUUUUUAUUAAAUUUAUAAAUGAGGUGAUAUUUUUUUAUAGUUUGUGAAAUAA